UUAUCCAAAAAGCAAUGGCGAGUGAUGGCGUUGGUGAGGAAGUGAGAAACAAGCAGGUGAUAUUCAGGGACUAUGUCAAGGGUUUUCCCAAGGAGUCGGACAUGUACGUGACCGCUAGUACCAUAAAGUUGCAGGUCCCCGAAGGUUCUAAUGGUGUUCUCGUGAAGAACCUCUACCUUUCUUGCGAUCCCUACAUGCGUAACCGUAUGAACCCGUCCAUUUAUGCCAGUUACAUCGACUCCUUCAACCCCGGUUCGCCCAUUAGCGGAUAUGGAGUGGCUAAAGUUUUGGAUUCUGGGCAUCCAAACUUCAAGAAAGGCGAUUUGGUUUGGGGGAUAACUGGGUGGGAAGAAUAUAGUCUCCUCUCGGCAACUAAGGCCCUUUUUAAGAUUCAACACACUGAUGUUCCUCUCUCCCACUAUACUGGAAUUCUUGGAAUGCCUGGUAUGACUGCUUAUGCUGGAUUUUAUGAGGUUUGCUCUCCUAAAAAAGGUGAGUAUGUCUUCAUUUCAGCGGCUUCUGGGGCAGUUGGUCAGCUUGUUGGGCAGUUUGCGAAGCUUUUGGGCUGCUAUGUUGUUGGAAGUGCUGGAAGCAAAGAUAAGGUUGAUAUGCUGAAGAACAAGUUUGGGUUCGACGAGGCUUUCAACUACAAAGAAGAGACUGACCUGGAUGCAGCUCUGAAAAGAUAUUUUCCAGAAGGUAUUGAUAUUUAUUUUGAGAAUGUUGGUGGAAAGAUGCUAGAUGCAGUGCUACUCAACAUGAGGAACCAUUGCCGCAUUGCUGCCUGUGGGAUGAUCUCACAGUACAACCUUGAAGAGCACGAAGGUGUCCACAAUUUAAUGAAUGUGAUUACAAAACAGGCUAGAAUUGGAGGAUUUCUGGUUCCCGAUUACUAUCACAAGUACCCACAGUUUCUGGAGUUGGUGCUGCCUUACAUCAAACAAGGGAAGAUAACAUACGUGGAAGACAUAGUUGAAGGCCUCGAGAGUGGUCCGGCAGCUCUGGUAGGGCUCUUCACUGGCCGCAAUGUUGGAAAACAGCUGGUGGUAGUUGCUCGUGAAUGAAUGACUUUGAAUUCAACUUCAUAACCCAGAAACUUUUGGUCCUGUUGUGUUUGGAUGUUGGUGUUCGUUCGUUCACAGGAGUUGUGUUUCCUUAAUCAAUGUUUAUGUUAUUGAAGUGAGGAAAGAACGUCUGCGCGCUGUGACGUGGAAACACCUAUUGUUUCUCGGUCAUCAUCUCCACCAUUGGUGACGUUUUGGAGAAAAUCAUGUUAGCGAAACACUACUGCUGUGGCGCGAUGAUACAUCUAGUACUGACUCUAAUAAACUGGCACCACUGAGAGCAUGAAUAAUUGUGGAAUUAAUAUGUAGUUAAAAAAGAGCAUUGCUCAAGAGAUUUUCUUUGCGAAUCAUUGCUGCCUUAAACAUGGGAA